AUGUCAUCAAACCACGCCAAUCUUGAUGCGGCGUCCACCGACCGCAAAGCCCGCCUCGCCAAGCUCGCAGCUCUAAAGCGCAAGCAACCCGAGCCAGACACAAAUGAGGCUGCCGCAAAAGACAUUGAGCUUCCUGAUGCCGAUGCUACGCCAGAUGUAACCACAAAAUUCCUGUCUGGUCGCAACUACGACGCCGAAACUCGCGGGCCGAAGCUGGGCUUCGAACAAGGUCCGCAGGAGGGCCAGGUGACGUUGGAAGCCCAGGCGGCAGAAAUCGCACAGGCCACAGCCGAGCAAGGGAAGAAAGAUGCAGAUGGUGAUGAGCCGCUCAAUCUAUACAACCUACGACCAAAGAAACCCAACUGGGAUUUGAAGCGGGAUCUGGACGAAAAGCUCAAGAUUCUCAAUGUACGGACGGACAAUGCAAUCGCCCGGCUCGUGCGACAACGGAUAGAUGACGCGAAACGGGCUGCGAAGGAACGUGGGACUACACUCACUGGGGAUGAACAGGGUGAGGAAUUGGGUAUCGAGGGUGAGGCGCUCGUUGAGGGCAUCCAUAUGCGUGAACGAGAGGAAGAAAAAAGCGAUGAAGAAACGAUCUGA